CGAGAACGCCAAAUGAUCGACUGUAACGUUCUUCAAAGCAGGCUUUAAAUUCAUAAUACAUACAUAUACAUAUACACACAUUUUUUUAAUUUAAUAGAACAUGCAAUCUUCAGAAACCUUCUUAAAGACUUGUUCUUUGAUAUUACUACACGUUUGAAUACCAAAAAGAAUGUUUCCUACUGCAAAAAUUUAUGUGUCGGCUUCAUUUUUACUUUCAGAAUGUUUAGAGAAAAUUUUCUCAUAUCUUAUUGAUAAAAAUUUCUCUCACAAUAUUUAUACCUCUAUGUCAAUGAAAAAUAUACACUCUUGUACGUUAGUAUCAAGACAUUGGUGUAGAAUCUCGUCACCAUUCUUAUAUGCUUAUCCAUUUCAUUAUUUCUGUCGUUUGGCUGAUUCAGUUUCUUAUAGUUCAGGCCAUUUACAAUAUUUUAAAUUAAUUCGCACAUUAUUGAGUUGUAUUCCUAAAUCCGAAAUUGAGCAAAUUAAAUCAUCAAAUUCUUCUAAUACUUCUAAUACACAAAAGUUAACAUCAAAAUUUAUCAUUUCAUCGACAUUUAAUUACAUUACUUUCAUCCGCGGUUUAAUUCUUGAUAAAAUUAAAAUAUUAUAUAACCCAUAUACGUUAUUCAUUUAUCGAAAUUUAUGGUUGCCUUCUUAUAACGCAUAUAAUAUAACAGAAGAUCAGUUCUCAAAAAUAUCAAUCCCAAUUAUAAAUCAUCUCGUAAGAUUCUUGUGUAAACAUUGUAAUGAUUUAACAACACUACAAUUUAAGUUGAAGAUACAAAACAAUGAGAUAUUUAAUAAUUUAAUUGAAUCUUUAUCUUUUAAAGAUUAUAAUGGAAGAAAUAAAUUGGGUAAUUUAAAAGAAUUAUAUUUUAUUAAUGAUAUAACAAGUAAAAAUGAAAAAUUACCGCAGAAUUUUUAUUUGGCUCUUUCAAAUAGUAAAGUUUGUAAUCUUAAUUUACUUUACAAUGAAAACAUCAGCACUAUUGAAGAAGCAAGUUCAUUAUCAAAAUUUAUUUCUUUACAAAAAAAGUUACAACAUAUUAUAUUAUCAGAGGAUAAACUUGACAUAUUCCUUGGAGAUAAUAUUGGAGAUAAUUAUUAUGUCGUGUUGAGUUCAUUAUCAUCUCAAAGUGAAAGUCUGAAAGUAUUAGAACUUAAAUAUAUACCUUUUAAUAAAAUAAAUGGAAAAGCUUUAAACGCAUUAUGUUCGCUAAAGAAUAUCCGAGAAUUAAAGAUUUAUAUGUGUAGAGCAAUAAGUGAUAACUUAAAUUCUUGGGCAAAAAAUUUAUCAAGACUUGAAGUAAUUGAAUUUAUGGCAUACUAUUUUCCAACUAUAUCAGAAAAAUUUUUAGUUCAAUUAAUUCGAUCCUCUUCUAACACUUUAACUAAAUUAGUAUUACAUUAUAAAAGAGCACAAGAUCAAAGCACCAGAAUAUUUCAACAAAUCUUAAAUUUAAAUUCAUUAAUUCAUUUAGAACUCCCUAAAAUUUAUUCAUACGAAUUAAUUCACAUAUUUAAAUCAUGUACUAAAUUAGUUUAUCUUAGUACAAUAUUAUCAGAUGAUGAACCAUGGGAAAAUUUUAGGGAUUUAGGUAAAUUUAUUCCUAUUACUUUACGAACAAUUCAGUUCAAAGAGAUGCAUAAUUUAGUAUUUAGUAGUACUGAAUUGAAAUAUUUUCUAGAGGAAUGUGUAAACAAUGAUAGUAAUUUAAUGUAUUUAGAAAUAGUUGGAAAUCAACACGUUAGCCAAGAUUAUUUUGAUGUCGCUGCAGAAUUUGGAAUAAUUCUUUAUUAUAUCAAUUGUUAAAUAGGUCACCUUUUUUUUAUUUUUUCUUUUUUUCUAAAAAAUUAUUUAAAUUAUUUAUUAUUAUUAUUUAUUAUAAAAAAUAUAUAUAUAAUUCAGGUUCUAUUUUAUUGUAAUUAUCCCUAUAAAAAAUUUUUCAGAAAAAUGAUCACGUGUCUGAGUUUUUUUCGGAAUAAAAACUAGAAAAUGAUCAUUUAUCGGAAUUUUUUCCAGAAUUUUUUUUUAUAGGGAAAAAAGGUUUGAAAUUCUGUACUAAUAGUGUUGCAGUACAGUAAAACGUAAAAGAAAUUAAUGAAUUUAUAAUUAGAAUUAUUAUUGCAUCGUUAAAUUAACGCAAAUGUCUAACUCGAAUUCGAUUAAAUAAUAAAUUGGACGUUAUAAUUACCGCCGUGCUUAAUUGAAAAACACUGUUUGUAAAUUAUAACAGGUAUAAUGAAAUUUUAAGGACUUUCAC